AUGCGAAGAGAAUUGCAUACAAAACACGAGCAGAGUUUCCUUUCCCCCACUCAUUUCCACGGGCAGCCUCCACUUCCGCCCUGGGAAUGGGGCAUUUCAAAAUGGCAGAGGAAAACCGGAAGCUCCGUGGCCAAGACUCCCUCAGAGAAGGCGGGAAGAAGACGACGGCGACGACGACGAACGACAGAACACAAACAAACGCCGCUUCUCGCUCGGGGUUUCCCUCGGAGCGACCGCAGGGGUCGUGCGUCGCCGGGGAUUGGCUGGCGCUUGUCGCAGUCUCCCUUUCCCUCCCGCCCCCUGUCCAAUCCGAGCCUCGAGCGGCGCAGCUGGCUGUUGGCGGGGGAGGAAAGAGGCGUUGGAAGCUUUGAAGUGGCGCGCGAGGGAGAGCUAGCUUUUCCCGCGCAUUUCCAACCGUCGUUACCUCAGGUGCGCUCGGGUUUUGUGUUAUUUUUACCUCAGAAUUGUCCCCUCGCCUGCCAGCCUCUUGAAGCAAUUGCGGUUAACGAAUGCCAGAAGGGGCAUUAGACACUUCUUUAAACAAGCAAAGCACCGCCUAUUUAUUACUACUGCGUGUUUUCCCCCCUAAGUACUGCUACAUAAAAAUGAGCUUUUAGCCCAGACCACUGAAUAGGCGAUCCUUCCAUCCUGACUGAAAAUAACUCCCUUUUUGAUUGGGGCUUAAAACUAAUCCUUACACACGUUUUAAUUUUUGCUUUAAAAAAAAAUAGAUCAAUAUAAGGAAAUACAUAUUUCUAAGGAAUUUGGAUCCCUCAUUAAAAUGUUAACCUUUCAUUUUUUACCUGUGCCUUUUAAAGGUUCCUACUAUUCCUCUCUCGUUCUUCUCACCUACUGUUUUGAGGAUUAUGGCCACUAGGGAGACAUUCGUCUUUGUCUUUUUUAUGUUAAUUUCUCCUUUUUACCACAUUUCAGGUAAGGUUUUGUGCAGGCAAGUAUCUUUAGAGGUAGAAAUAGUUCAUUAAGGGGAAUAAAUAACCUGAAAAGUAUCUAACCACAAGUGUUGCCAAGUGAUGCAAUUUAGUCAUGAGUCACCCAGCUGUGAAUAAAUCGCUGUUUCUCACUGUGAAAGAGAAAAUUAUGUGUGCGGGUUGACUAACCAGCCCAAACACCAUUAUUUCAAAAAACCCACAUUCUCAAUAUAUUUAAAUUAAGCUUGGAACCCUAAACAUGUUUGUGACUGAGUUAAGUUCCAUUGACAUUCCGAGUUACAUACAUCAAAUUGCUUAACUUUGGAUCAUACCCCUAAUUUGCAAAAAAAUAAUAAUCUGUGAGAGCGCAGAAUGAAAAUAGCAAGAUAUAUUAAAAGAUUUGAAGACUAAAUGGUACAUUCUCAGAGCAACUGUUUUAAGUUGGCAUAUCUGUAAUAAAAUCAAAAUGUCAACUGUUCAGCUGUCAUCUAUUUCAUGUCAACCCUUCUUAAAAGGAGGAUGAUUCUGCUUUGAUUCUCUAAUCAAUUCUGUAUGAAGAAGUGUGUAAAGUCAUCUUUCUUGCCAUUGCCUUGUUAAAUCGUGCAACUCUCCCCAUUUUUCCUUUCCUUAGGUAACUCGGUAAGAUAUCAGGUAAAAACCUCUUUCCUGUUCCUAGAAAGCAACAAGUUGUUUUAUUUUUUAUGUGAGCGGGGGGUGAGAUUGGAGAAAUAAAAAUUAGGAGCGCUCCAUAUUCAACUUGGAAGGGAUCCAGAAUGCCUGAGGAGCUAAGCUUAGACAAGAUGUAAUUUUCAGGAGUUAACGUCAGAUCUUUUGGAGACAAAUCCACCCCAAAAAGCUAGGUUGUCCAACAAGCCUGGCAUUAGAAAUCUGAAAGGCUCUUGGGCCUUCAUGAUGCAUUAUUUUCAGGGCUGCUGGUAGGGGCCCAAAUUCAUCUUGGCAUCCUGGACCCGCUACCUGGCUUGCUGAACUUCCCUCAUCCUCAGGGAUGGCAUCAUGUGCCAUUUUGCCACCCGAGGCAAGAAGACGGGAAGCCAGGUGGGCUGGCUUUGUUCAUCCUCUUGUUUGAGGCCAUUUCAGUUACUAUCCUUCUGGGUGUUCAAGAUGAGUCGUUUGGGAGUGGCUGCCAAGACCAUAUAACAGGCAUGUCCAAAGUCCGUUUCGGGGGCCUAAUCCAGCCCGCCGGUCGGUUUAAUCUGGCCCCUGUGGCAGUUUAUUUCCUGGGGUAAAAUCCUAAAAAAACCUUCAACAACUUCAAUCCUAAAAGAAGCUCCGCAACUCCAACCCUAAAAGAAGAUCGAUAACUUCAAUCCUAAAAAAAAGCUCAAGAACUUUGGGGUAGAAUCAUAAAUGUAUGUAUUAUUUUACUGUUGUUAGCUGCUCUGAGCCCGGCUUCGGCUGGGGAGGGCGGGAUAUAAAUAAAAUUUAUUUUUAUUAUUAUUAUUAUUAUUAUUAUUAUUAUUAUUAUUAUUAAAAAGCUCAAGAACUUCAAUCCAGGUCAGCAACUUUGGUUGGCCCUUCGGUUGGCCCCAUGGCCCUUCACUUCAUCAAAUCUGGCCCUCUUUGAAAAAAGUUUGGACACCACUGCCAUAUAACAUCAGUCCUGAAAGACCUACAUUGGCUCCCAGUACGUUUCUGAGCACAGUUCAGAGUGUUGGUGCUGACCUUUAAAGCCCUAAAGAGCCUCAGCCCAGUAUACCUGAAGGAGCAUCUCCACCCCCAUCGUUCAGCCCGGACACGGAGGUCCAGCGCCGAGGGCCUUCUCAGUGGUGGCGCCCACCCUGUGGAAUGCCCUCCCAUCAGAUGUCAAGGGGAUAAACAACUAUCUGAGUUUUAGAAGACACAGAAGUUUUUAAUGCUUGACUUUUUAUUAUUUUUUUAUAUGUGCUGGGAGCCGCCCAGAGUGGUUGGGGAAACCCAGCCAGAUGUGCAGGGAAUGUUGUUGUUGUUGUUGUUAUUAUUAUUUAUUGCUGCUCCCUCAGAAGAUCAAGGAUUAUCUAGCGCACCUCUGCCAGCUGUAUGAGAAGAUCUUGACACUUUGGUUAUCAACUAAAGUUAAGAUAAUAGGCAACACCCUGCUUAAAAUGUCUUUUUUUUUUUUGUUAAUUGGCUUUAUGGAUGGCAUUUCUCUAUGGUUAUCAGCUGCUUUGAACUGUUAGGAAAGCGGAGAAUACAUCUCUGAAAAUCAUUUUCAGCAAAUUAAACAGCUACAAGAGGUUGUAACACUCCUAUUCGAAUUGUUUGGAGCAGUGCCUCUGAUGCCUGAGAUCACAUCUUUUACGAGAUACUGGCCUAGCAAGAAGUAUUAUGACCUUGCAUUGGUGUACCUAUUGGUUCAUUCUGUCCUACAUGUUAUCACCCCACCAACCUUACAACUGGACCGUAAGUAAAUAUGUCCAUGUUGAAAUUUGCCAAGACAUCAUGGUGACCUGAUGUUUUAAGUAAUUAUGAAGUUGCUUAUGAUAAAAAAAGUUAUGAAUUUUAUUUUGUAUCUGCCUUGGUCAGUAAUGUACACAGAUCUCUGAAUUUAAAAAAGCAUUUAGCAUUUAUGAGCCAGCAAGCAUAUACUGUCAAAAGUUUUUAGCGAUGUAAACACAGUAUUUUACAAGUCCCUUUUAUUGUGGUGUUUUGCUUGCUUGUUUAAGGCAAGAGUUAAACAAAUGGAUAAGUUUACCAGCGAAUCCAUGAAGGCAGAAGAAGCUCAACCUGAUAUUAUCAUCAUCCAAAAGGAAUCAGGUAUAAAAUGUUUAUCACCACCACAGAUGUGCUUAUAAAUUAUUGGUCAGCAUUUCCCAAAUAACAGUAAUUUGCUGAAUAUAUGUAUGUAGACUUCCAGCUAUAUAUUUAUGCUGGAUCUGGCUGAAAACAUAACACAUGUGAACAAGGUAUUUGUUAGAAGCCUUGGGAAUUUUUUAAAGGAACUUGCUAGUCCCUAUGGUAAUGGAGACAUUGCUGAACCUAACAUUGCUGAACCAGUGUCUUCACUAAUACUUCCCAAAUGUAUUGACUGCAGGGAUAUCUAAGAGAUUAUAUUUCUUGAGUAUAUCUUUAGUAUUGCAGUUGUAUUCCUGCAGACACAGAAAACCUUUUUGUGUGAUAACGAAGCAAAGUUGCAAGUGGAGAGAAUCUCCACUGUCCCUAGUCCACAUGAAAUGUAGUGUUUCUGGAGCAGGUGAUAGUGAUGAGGUAGAUUAGAAGAAGCUGGUACAACGCCACCAGAGGAGGAAUAUCAGGAGAGGGGUAUCUUAAAUGACUUGUUUGGCAAGAAACUGAGCAUAUGUGGGUAGCAGGAACAAAGAAUGAAGGUUUUGGAGGAAGAGCUGUGUUCCAAGAGGGAUUUUGGUACUCCAGGCUAGAACAUUCAUUGGCAUGCAGCGUCCACACAAAUAAUAUAAAGGUUACAAGGUUACAAAAGAGUAACCCCAUUGAACGUCGUUGGACUUCUACUAUAUUAAAAGGUGCAUAAUAAACAUCUCGUUAUCAUGGGAGAAGUUUGCUUUUACCAAAAUGUUCCAUUACACUUUUAAGCCAGGGGUUCCUAAACUGGUCUGUGAGCUUCAUUCAGGUAGUCUUCUGCUUGUAUAGUGAAUAUUAAUACUGAUUUUUAAUUGUAUAUAUAUUGUAUAUUUUGUUUCUUGUAUUACAAAGCAAUAAAAAUACAAUUAAAAAUCAUAUAGCACUGAGCAAAACAUAUUACAUUUCCUACAACAGGCAGAAAAAUCAUUAAGUGGUCCACCAGGACCCUCAGCAAUUUUCAGGUAGUCCGUGGAGAAAAGAGUUCGGGAACCACUGCUUUAAGCCCUUGCUGCUCUCAUUCAGUUGCUUUUAAAGUAGGAUUCAGAGUAAUAUGUCCUUAGAAACAGGCUUUUGUUCACAUUAAUUUCUUUCAGUAGAGGCACCGUUUGGAUCAUAUAUCCCCCAGGCUGUUAAAGAAUCAAAUGAAGUGGUGUCAAAAAUUCUUAGCGAUUUGCAGCCCAGCAAACCAGUGCUUUGGAAGCAGUUAAUGUGGCAGGUAAAUCAUGAUAUAAAGAGCUUGUUCACAUUGGAGCUUACUACGUGUUUAUAGCUGUUUUGUGUUCUCAUUUAAUUUGUGUUCUCAAACACCAGUCUCAUCGCUGUCUCCUGUAAAUUCGCGUUUACCCAAUUCAGGGUUAAUACAAUAAACUGCAGGAAAUUGGGCUUCAAACUACUCCACUUGGGGCGGCAAACAGUUUUGGUGGGUGAGUGGGUCAGUCACUUUCUGCCACAUCUGUUUCAACACUCUGUGACUUCCUCGGUUCUUUUUCUUUUCUGGCCAUGCUCGUCACUAUUUGUGGUGUGCUUCUGGAUAGAGAAGCAUGGCCUUGCAACACACACACACAUACACACACUUCUUUGGAUCCCUCAGAUUUGAACAAAACAAAAAAAAACUGCAGAAAUGUGCAUUGAGAAUUUACCAUUGCCUAACUGUGCUUUUGCACACUUACUGGGUGGGGAAUUUUAUUUUUAAGUUGUAUGCCACCAUCUGUGAACAUGCCCUGUUAGUAGUUAAUUGGCAUAAGAGAAUCGACCAAUUAGAAGGCAAGGAGAAACACAAAAGGGAUGCCUGCUGGUAUGAACUACUCCAGUCUAAUUCAAACUGGUGUGGGCUACUCCAGUCUAAUAAAAAUACAGGGAUUUACAACUAAAUAAAAUCACAUGUGGGCAGACCAAAAAUAAGGAGAAAUGAUCACAUACAGAGCUGGGAUUGAUUGGGCUCUUUUAUAUGCCAUUUUCCCCUGUUGAGCUUCAAGCUCUGCCCCAUGUGAGAAGGAGUACUAGAGACCCUAGAGCCUGACUGAGGCUUUGUUCCAUAUUUUCCCACAGGGAGAAAUAGGAGACAGGGGUCUCAGUUUCUAUCUUUCCAGUGAUCUAACAAGCAUAGUGGCCUAGGAGGUGCAGAGUAUGUGUCUGAGCUAUUCUUAUACAAUCUUUCAAACUUAAGCAUUUAUGGAUGUUUUACUCAAGUCAUGGUUGGCAUUUUGCAGAGGAAGAAGCGUUGGACACAUAACAAAAGGGGGAAAAAACCUUCCAGUAAAAGAAGGGGAAGAUUUAGAAAGCAUUUGGAAAGAAGUACAAAACCCAGGUUUGCAGACAGACAGGACUGGAUUCCCAGAAGGUUCAAAAGGCAAGAAUGUAGGAUCAGAAACAUACAGAAUAGCGAAGACAAAAUUCAGAAAGCCAUAGAGCAGAAAGAAAUUCUUAGAUGUGUAAGAAGUACGUAUGUUGGUGAGAAGGAAUCUAAAUCACAGACAACUUCCACACAUUCCAAUGAACGUAAAAGAAGAAAAGCCAAUGAAGUCAUCACUUAUAAUGUUAAGGAAGGACAACUCUUAGGACUAAAGGGAAGAAGAACAAGAAGAAGAAGAUCAACAUACCCAGGGAAGCCACACUUGGUUUCUUCAAAACCCUUUGAUAGCUAUAGUUCUUCCUACAGUUUGUCUUCUUAUUUUACCCCAAGUAGCUCCCAGAGUACAUUAUCAAGAAGAAUGAAGAGAAACGUUUCCAGUUUUCAUAAAAAAGAAGGUAGUUUUGAGGAUACAUUUUUGAUCAACACAAAGGAACAGAAAAUAAGAGAGAGAGAAAUGGGAGCAUUUCCAAAGAAAAGAGAAGCCAGAGAAACACAGUCGGUCAGAAAUGUAAGUCUUAAACUGAAAACCUUAAAAUCUCAAGAGAAAUUAUCUAACAUGGUAGACCGUCUGUCAGACCCAUCCAAUAACAUGUCAAAAGAUGAAAAACUCACCUACAUGCAUGAACUCCUAGAUGAAUUAAAGUUAUUCAUUAAGCUGUUGGAGCAGCAAAUACUACUACAAUCACUAAAUAACAUUGUUUAUUCAACCACAGUUUCUGGCUCGCAAAAGUAG